GAUAAAACAGUACGCUAACGUUCUUGAAGUGUAUUGUUACAAAUUUCACAUUUGUAUUUGCCAUACAAAAAACAUGUCAGAUUUUUUCAAAAUAAUGAAUUGUGCGUACUUUAUUGUGUCUUUUUUUUUCUUGACCAAUGUGAAUGCAGGUAAACCUGGACCUGAAAUCGUUGCAACAAAAGGACAGUUAUGGCCAAAACCUCAACAACAAAAUGUUUCGGCAAGCUAUUUUGUUUUGCAGCCUAGAACUUUUGAAUUUCAGAUUCAGAAAGGCAGCUCCGAUUGCGCCUUACUAUCAAACGCCUUUACUAGAUACUUUAAAAUUCUACAGCAAGAUGCAGAAAUGAUCAAGAGAAGAUUGAGCCGUAUGGGGAAAGAUCAAUUAAAAAAAGCAAGACUGGAAAAAGACAAUAACUUUUUAGGAUAUUUGAACAAGUUGACUGUUAAUUUAACUGAUUUAUGUAAUGAUAACGAUUAUCCAAGCUUAAAUAUGGAUGAAGCAUAUAAGCUAUGGGUUACGGAAGACCGGACUGAGCUUCAAGCUACAUCUGUCUGGGGUAUUUUACGAGGGUUAGACAGCUUUUCUCAGUUAAUCUAUUUAGGCGAAGAUGGACUAACCCUCCGAAUAAAUUCGACAAUAAUCAAAGAUUUUCCAAGAUACAAGCAUAGGGGCUUACUAAUUGACACCUCCAGACAUUUUAUACCUAUGGAGAAAAUCUACGCUACUUUAGACGGAAUGACCUAUAAUAAAUUAAAUGUUCUACAUUGGCAUAUCGUUGAUGAUCAAAGUUUUCCAUACGUUAGCUUACGGUUUCCUGAAUUAAGUGAAAAGGGAGCUUUUAAUCGUUACACUAUGACAUACACCCCUGAAGAUGUACAAAAUGUUAUUGAAUAUGCCAGAAUACGAGGAAUACGCAUAAUGCCCGAAUUUGACACCCCAGGCCACACAGCGUCUUGGGGUCUUUCCCAUCCUGAAAUCUUAACUUCUUGUGAUGUUUAUUUUACUUAUGGUCCGAUGGAUCCCAGUAAAAGUACAACGUAUGAUUUUUUAAAUGAAUUAUUUGGUGAAAUAAGGGAUGUUUUCAAGGACGCUUUUAUCCAUCUUGGGGGAGAUGAAGUAGAUUAUUUAUGCUGGCAAGCAGAUAAAAAUAUAACCCAGUUCAUGAAGCAGAAAAAUAUCACGACUUAUAAAGGACUAGAAGGAUACUAUGUACAAAAAGUAGUUGAUAUGAUAAAAACUUUAAACUACAGUUCUAUAGUCUGGGAAGAGGUGUUUUCAAAUGGCGUUAAACUAUCUAAUGAGACCUUGGUACAUGUCUGGAAGCAAGGAUGGGUUGAUACAAUGAAAUCUGUUACCGCAAGUGGAAAACAUGCCUUAUUAUCUGCUUGUUGGUAUCUGGAUAAUGUAGGUUCAGGAGGAGACUGGCAAGAUUUUUACUUAUGUGAUCCUAGUGACUUUGAGGGGACCGCUGAACAGAAAAAACUUAUUUUAGGAGGUGAAGCUUGUAUGUGGGGAGAAGUCGUAAAUGAAUAUAAUAUAAUCUCUAGAGUAUGGCCCAGAGCUUCAGCUACAGCGGAAAAGCUAUGGUCCGCCUACUCUAAAGAUUAUGACAUGGAAGAGCCCUCUAGCAGGUUGGAAGAACAUAGCUGCAGGAUGAAUAGGCGAGGAGUUGGGGCACAGCCACCAAACGGACCUGGAUUUUGUGAUUAAUAAAACUAUUUUACUAAAUAAAUUUAGAAUUUUUUGUACAAUUUAAUGUAUACUUUUUAAAUAUAUCGAUUUAUUUUAAUCAUGUA